AUGGCCGGCGCUGUCAUCGAAAAUCUCAGCAAUCAGAAGUUGAGCUAUAUUUUGGGGAUUCUAUUCCUCGUGCAAAUCGCUUUUUUCCUCGUUGGUGCAUGGCUUGCUCCAAAGCCCACCUCAUCGAUGGAAUUCCUCUUUCGGAGUUGCAUCGACGCGAAUGUGACCGGGAGAAAUUGGGUGGAUCAUCAAAACUGUCAUGAGAUCGAGCUCGCCGAACACAAGCCUCUCUCCUACGAUCUCCGGGAAAUCGUUUUCAUGACCCAAAUGCCACACAAGCGAGAUAAUCAACAGCUUCGCUAUCAUCCAUCGUUUCAAUUUCUUUUGGGCGUAAUGCAGCCAGAGAUCCGAAGCACUGCCGCUUUCAAAUAUGUUCGCGGAUCAAAACUUCGUUUGGAGGUGCGAAUGGGAGCGCGGAGUGGAGGGGACGAGAAAUGGAGAGACUGGAUCGAGGCUGAUGUCGUUCGCGAGCUCGAUUGUCAUUUCCCUUGGGGUCACGAGAGCGGCGAUAUGCGCUGUGAGGCGUUGGAUUUCUUCGAGAUUGGCUAUGUUCCGUUUCCUUUUUACGUAAUGAACAUUCGAAUUCCGAUCGAUCGAGAAGGCUGUGCGCGGGAUCCGAAAAACACGGCAAACUGUGACGUCGGCGAGCUCGUCGGGUUGAUCAUGGUGGUAAUCCAUCAAAAUGGCGGUUUCACAAUGGUGUGGGCGUGGAUGAAAACGAUCGUCGUGCCGUUUUUGUUCUUGACCGUUCGCUGGUAUUGGGAUCGGGUGCAAUCCCUUGCACGCCCUCCUCUUCUACUUGAGAAGGCGAUCUUUGCCCUCGGUGUCAGCACCACUGUGCUUGAUUUGCCAAUCGAAUGGCUUCCAUUGUGGUUCGAGCGUGUGCCUUUCAUGUUGUUGCUUGGCGAUCUGCGACAGGGUUUAUUCUACGCAGUUUUGUGCUCCUUUUGGCUAAUCUUUGCCGGCGAGCACCUCAUUGACGACCCGACAAGGAACAACUUGAAGUCCUACUGGCGGAAUCUCUCGUUGGUUGGAUCGGCCGGGGUGGCGCUGUUGGUCUACGAUAUGUGCGAGCGGGGGAUGCAACUCAGUGACCCAUUCUACAGUAUUUGGAGCUCGAGCACUGGCACAAAGCUGGCUUACCUCUCGAUCUAUCUGGCCACCCUGUUCACCGUCAUCUACUUCAGUUUUCUCUUCUACAAGAUUUGGAUGGUUUGGAAAUUGAUUAAACAAAAGCGCUCAAAUCAGUACUAUCAAAACAACGAGAGUAGACGGCUAAAGGUGGAAGCUAUCAUUUUCCGCUUCAAAUUCCUCAUGUUAUUCACCCUUUUGUGUGCCUUUUUGACGAUUUUGAGUUAUGCGAUGAAACAGCAUGGAGAAGCCCAGCUGCACGACGACGAGCCACAAGAGUCUCUCUUGACCAACUCGACAUCCGCAUUUUUCACAGGCACUUUCGGUAUGUGGAAUAUCUACGUUUUCCUCUUGCUUUCAAUGUACGCUCCAUCACAUAAGCAAUAUGCCGGAGCUCAGCACCUAAUGGACGAAACGGAGAAACCUAAUUGCACCUUCGCUCCAUCACAUAAGCAAUACGCCGGAGCUCCCGUCAAUCCGAAAAUAGCUUCCCAAAGAUUGAAUCCGAACAUCGUGGAGAUAACUGGCGAAAGCGUGAACCUCGCUGCGGACGACACGACCUUUCCC